AACAAUUCGUCGUCGUUCUCUCCGGCGAGCCGGUCGAGCGCGGUGGUUCGGUGAUUUUAUGGACCAAACAAGAAGCUGCGCCGGAGUGCUCACUCUCGACACCUCGGCCCCUCUCGUCCUCGCCGUUCCUCCUCCUCCGGGCCACGCCCGGGGGGUUUUGAAGCGCAAACUGCCGGCGGCGGCAGAGUUCUCGACGCCGAGCGAGCUCGAUUUCUUCGCCAACGAGAAAAAGGCCACAAAUUCUCCAGAGGUGAAGAAGGAACAAGAUCUUAUAAUUCAGACUGAGUUGAAUCUUGGCAAAACGGGGAGUGAUCUCUCGGUGGUCGAUGAUGGCAGAGGAAAAACCGAGCUGGCGGCAAUCCAAAUGGAGUUGGCGGGAAUGAAGGAUGAGAACGCGAGAUUGAGAGGCAUCAUAAGCCAAGUGGAAAAAGACUACGAAGCUCUCCAGCUUCAUCUCACCACCCUCAUGCAGAGAAAUUACAGUACUGCUCAUUCCCCACAACCUCGGCAGGUAAUUACUGUCGACCCACAGUCAAACUCCUCGUCGUCGUCGGGGAGUGAUCUUGAACGGUCGUCUUUGCCGUCGGAGAAUGCUGGAGUAGGGUGGACGGGUUACCGUCUACAAACUAGCGACGACGACGACACGAGAAGAAACCCCGACAAAGGGCUUGCUUUGAAGGCGGCCACCAUCAGGGAUGAGCGGGAAGCCACGAUGAGGAAAACUAGGGUCUCCGUACGAGCUCGGUCGGAAGCGCCCAUGAUCUCCGAUGGAUGCCAAUGGAGGAAGUACGGUCAGAAGAUGGCGAAGGGCAACCCUUGCCCUCGAGCUUACUACCGGUGCACCAUGGCAGCCGGUUGUCCGGUCCGCAAACAAGUGCAAAGGUGCGCUGAGGACCGUUCGAUUUUGAUAACCACCUACGAAGGCAUCCACAACCACCCCCUACCGGCGGCGGCGGCCGCCAUGGCGUCGACCACCUCCGCCGCCGCCUCCAUGCUCCUCUCCGGCCCGACGACGUCCCCUGCAUCCGUCGGCGGCGGCCCCUCGACAAUGCUCCACUGCUCGUCGAGUCUGGCCACCAUCUCGGCGUCGGCCCCGUUCCCCACCAUCACGUUGGACCUCACUCAGCCGCCGAAGAAUCCUCACCGGCAGCCGGGGGUGAAUUUACCGCCCGUCCAAUUCCCUUCGGCGGCCUACUCCGCCGCUCUGCCUCAGCCUCCGCCGUCGGUGUUCGGUAACCGGACGAUGUUCUCGGGGCUCCAAAUGUCUCCGGAAGAGGUGACGGCCGCCACCGCGGCGAUCACGGCGGACCCUAACUUCGCCGCCGUGCUGAACGCCGCCAUCAAGUCCAUCAUCACCGGCGGUACCAAGAUCGCCGACGACAAUCAUUAAUCAAUACAAUUACGUGUUGAUUACUUUUUUUUUUUUUUUCAUUUAUUGUUUUGAAUGUUGUACACGACGAGUCGUCGAUCGAUCCGUAAACUAAAAUUAUGGACGAAAUUAAAAACCAUACGGAAAUAAUGUUUUUCUCUUCUUUA